UCACACCUCUUCUGGAAAUUAAUUUUUGUACUUCUUGCCUAGUGCCUCAUAACAAUUUUUAUUAUUUUAUAUUUAAUAGUUUGAAUUGUGUGUGAAUAAACCAUUAUUUAUCUCAAUGGCCAAAAAAAAAGUAUGUUGACAAUUUGGGUUAGUUAGUUUUUGCUCAAGGAACUAAUUUCUGCGGCUACCCCACGACAUCAACAUGGCUUCUAAAUCUGCUUACGAAAAAACUUUGGUAGUAAACAUAGCCAAUUUUGAGAAAUAUCAAAACUUUUUAAAUGACAAGGAAAAGUACAAGGAGAUUCUUGAAAACAGUGAGACUUUUAACACUCGUCUUUGCAUUGAACGCCGACUUCGCAUGCCAUUCCUCGAUCCCCAGACAGGUGUCGCACAGACACAUUGUUCUCUCUUUAUGAAAAAAAAACAGCGAAUGCCGGGACUUCGACAUGGUCAGAUAUACACUUAUCCAUCUUCCCGAUGGCGCAAACCAAAGCGUCAGUACUUACUUAACCCGAAUCAAAGUUUCCGAGCCUAUCAGUAUCGCGAGCACAAUCUUCAGCACUCCCACCAUCAAACGCAUCAGCAUCACCACCAUAUACCUUCGUCUGGCGUUGCUGUACCACAAAAUCCUCACCUAGCUGAAAGCGCAGCCAUUGCUGCUACUGAUGGCAACUCCAUGGGAGCAUCGGGAGAUAAUGAUAGUAAGGACUCACAUGCAAACGUUGAAAAGGAGUGGUUCCACGAUGAAAUGGACACAUCACAUUAUCAUCAUGGCGAUGAAUUUGAGGAUGACUUUGAUUCAGAUAACGAUUUUGAUGAGUCUUACACCAGCAGGGGCAAACGCAAAAAGUGUACGCGACCUCGACGAACAAAUGCAAACGUAGAAGGCACUCCCAAACGGGGUCGUAAAGGUGGUGGCAAUCGUCGGAAGAAUGCUGUUGACGGAGAAUCUGAUCGAAAACGUAGAGGCGGUGGAAAUAGUGCAAACACAUCAGCAGCCGCAGCGGCAGCUGCUGCCGCUGUCGCACAUGCAGCAUGUACUGCAGCUGCUGCCGCCACCACAGGGCUCUAUGCAUCUCAUUCAAACUCAGCUUCGCCUAUUCCCAUAAAUGACGACAAUUCACAGUCAGCACUCAUAGUGCCAACAAACAUAGCGUCGUCGUACGAAAAGACUUCAAGCGAUGCUGGAGCUUCCAAUGACUCAAUUCCUCUAGCAACAAUGGUUGGAAUGAACGCGGGGCUGGCAACCUCAAAUAUUUGCAAUGCGCUUUCAGUGCAAACUGGAACAAAUCAACCGGUGUUUGCUACUGCUAAUAAGGUAAAACAACGUGUUGAACGUGACAUAGCCCAACCAUCACCUUAUUGUGACUUUUGUCUGGGAGAUCAGCGAGAAAAUAAAAAAACCAAUAUGCCCGAAGAGCUUGUAUCGUGCUCGGAUUGUGGUCGUUCCGGUCAUCCAUCAUGUCUGCAGUUCACGGCAAACAUGAUUAUAUCAGUAAAACGUUAUCGUUGGCAAUGCAUUGAAUGCAAGUACUGUUCCAUCUGUGGGACCUCUGAUAAUGAUGACCAACUAUUAUUUUGUGACGAUUGUGACCGGGGAUACCAUAUGUACUGCCUGUCACCACCGCUUAUGACUCCACCAGAGGGCUCUUGGAGCUGCAAGUUAUGCAUGGAGGAGUUCCACAAGAUUAAAUAAACUAACAUUUAUAAAUUAAUAAUACACCAAUUAUAAGUUAGUCUUCUCAUAAAUAUAUAAAAGGUAAAUUUAUUUUUCUUUGGUCUUAUAUUUUAAUUAAUGGCUAAUUAAACUAUUGCGAAGUAACCCACUUAUGCACAUAUAGCCUGUCUAAGUUUAAAUUAAUUAAUAAAUGUUUGCAAAGGUAAAGACAUAUACCUAAUAACA